AAACGCUUCCCCAAAUACCCCUCCCUCCUCGCGCUCCUCGCUUAUUGUCUCGAACGCUCGAAGUGACAGGAGCCACAUGCAGCAGUAGCGCUCAGGGGAAAAACGCAUUUUAAGUGGACUAGAGGUAUAGGCUGGAGUCUGUGCAUCUCCAUGGUGUUUUGAUACAGAGCAGGAUGUGACAUCAGUGGCCUUCAUGUCUUCUGCUCGUGCGGAUUGGGCAUGAGCGAGGAGCCCCACCCUCACUCGCCCAGCUGACCAAUCAGAAUGUUUGAGGUGAAGCCCAUGAGCGUGGAGAAGAAGGACACAGCUGCAGAAACAGAUGAGGGCAGUAAGGUGUGUGACGGGGGUGUCAGCAGUUGCGGAGGGGAUUCGCUGUAUCUUUACGAGGGUCAGGACUGGGUCAUCUCCCCCUCCUGCUCUCCUGAGGAACCCAGCGCCAUCUCACCCAUGCUGGCCGAGGAAACCUUCCGCUACAUGACAUUUCUAGCUGUCGGUUCCUCUUAUCCCCAUAAUGGCUCUAACAGCCUCUCUAAAGUCCUCAGCGCUGACCGGGUGGAGCAGAUGACCAAGACCUACAAUGACAUUGACGUGGUCACACACCUCCUGGCUGAAAGGGACCGCGACCUGGAAUUGGCCGCUCGGAUCGGUCAGUCUCUCCUGAGGAGGAACCACGUGCUGCAGGAGCGAAACGAAUCUCUGGAGGAGCAGCUAGCGCAAGCCGUAGACCAGGUUCAUCAGCUACAGCAUGAGUUGGCAAAGAAGGAUGAACUCCUCCGUAUGGUUGCGAGUGCCAGCGAGGAGAGCGAGACCGAUUCCAGCUGCUCCACGCCGCUACGUCACCCCGUGCCCGCAGGGGCCGCUCUCGCCCUCAGCCAGCUGGAGGCCCUCCAGUCCAAACUCCAGGAGCUGGAGGAGGAGAACCUGUCCCUGAGAUCAGAGGCCUGUCACCUGAAGACGGAGACCAUCACUUAUGAGGAGAAAGAACAGCAGCUGGUGAACGACUGUGUUAAAGAGCUACGAGAGUCAAACAGUCAGAUGGUGUCUCUGACGGAUGAGCUCUCCCAGAAGAGCGAGGAGUUAAUGAGACAUCAGGAGGAGAUCGCACAACUCCUCUCACAGAUCGUCGAGCUCCAGCAAAGAAUCAAAGAGUUGGCACUAGAGAAAGAAGAGCUGAGAAUUCACCUUCAAGCCUCAAAGGAAGCACAGCGGCAGCUCACAGCUGAGCUGAAUGAGCUGUCAGACAGGAAUGCCGAGUGUGUGGGAAUGUUACACGAGUCCCAGGAGGAGAUUAAGGAGCUGCGCAGUAAAAACACGCCAUCUGCAGGCCUGCGCAGACACCUGUCGUACGGACUCUAUCCUAUGGAUUCUUUGGCAGCAGAGAUUGAAGGUACUAUGAGAAGAGAGCUGAGUGUAGAAGAGGAAAUCACCUUCCAGGACCAGAGGUCGACCCACAAGCGUGUGUUCCAGACGGUGCGGUCUGUCAAUCAGUCGGUGAUGAGAGCGGCUGCCGCAGUGCCUCCGAUCCCUGGCUCCGCCCGCAGCGGCGUGGUCAUGACCCCAGUGCCCUAUCAAUCACACACACCCAACACAGAGGAACGAGCUGGAGACGUGGACGCCACCAAAGAGAACUCUUGUCUGGGUCAGCCCGGCUCUCCCGGAGGAAACGACCUUACAUCAGCCCUAAACCGCCUCUCCCUGCGGAGGCAGAACUUCCUGUGCGAGCGACAGUUCUUCCAGGCCGAGAGAGAGAGGAAACUGCUGGAGCUGGCGGCUGCUGAGUCAGAAGGGGGCGGGAGCGGCUGCAGUUCACCAAUGGGAAGCACAGUCUCGUCUUUCACCAACCUAUCAGAAUUCUCCAUCUCCUCCUGUUUCAAGACAUUUCUCCCUGAAAAACUGCAGAUUGUUAAACCAAUGGAAGGUUCUCUGACUCUUCAUCACUGGCAGCAGCUCGCUAAACCUCACCUGGCCACUAUUCUAGACCCCCAUCCGGGCGUAGUUACCAAAGGCUUCCGCCCUCUCCCUCUGGACAAUGUUUACCACCUGGCUGACCUCGAAGAGGAUGAAGACCAGGAGAAACUACUGUGGGAACACAAGAGAAAAGAGGAGGAGCCACAGGAUGCAAAGAUAAAAGAGGAAGAUGAGGAGCAGGAGGAGGAGGAAGGAAUCACAUUUAACGUGCGCUCAUCGUCCACUCCGGAAGAGAAGAGAGAGAGGAGGUGUGUCCAAAGCCCAGCUAAUGUCCCGCCCCUUCCUGCAUCCCUCAGGAAUUCCCCUGUGCCCAUAGCAAUAGCUGUUUCCUUAGCAGCAGCAGUUAACCUGACAACCAGCGCUGCUCCUGCAGUUAGUUCUGGAGUCUCCGGAUCAGCGGCUCCACAGUUUGAGCUGAAUCUCGGCUCUAAAGCGCCCUCUACAGCUACAAAUCCUGGGAAAUAUCAGAGCUCCACUUUUUCCACAUACACCUUCACUACCUGCCGGAUCCUGCAUCCCAGUGACAGCACACAGGUGACAGCCAGCUCUGCCUGCAGUCCUUCGUGGAGUAAUAACACCCCGAGUUCUCUCCGGACCGGUCCCAGUACUCCAGUCACACCCUGCAGGUUGAGUCUGGGCGAUUCUUUCCCCGUUCGCCGUCCUGCAGCGCCCCCUGGUGGUCUUGCCAAGCUCCUGCUGGAGAAAGGCAUCUCUGCUCAGGGUCCCACUGCUGUGACGGCACCCAAAAAGCCUCUUUCUCUACGUCGUCUUCCCAGCACUCCUCCAAACUCCCCCUCCCACUCUCCAUGCCCCUCUCCUGUGCCCUUUGACUCCCGAUCCACCUCUUCGGACAACUUCCUAGCAUCCCGUCCCGCCGAGCUCUUCCUGCAAGAUGUCUACGGACUGAAACUCGGCCGUGCCCCGCGACCGGAUCUCCUGAGCCCUGAUCGAUCUCCUCAUGGGCCAUUGACCAAACCCGACCGCCACUCCGUCAACCUCGUGAAGCAUCUUCGCAAGCUAGGCUUGGAUAAAAAAGUCCUCCAAGGGUCAGACGCAGAAGGCGCCCAUCCACAGGAAUCUGCCACCUUCCUAGCGACAGGAGGAGGCAGCUUAUUGGAUGGGCUUCGGCGAAAUCAAAGUCUGCCCGCCAUGGUUGGCCGCCGUAGUGCAUCCGUCUCUAGUCCGUCCUUUCAUGUCCCGCCCCCUCACCCUACCUCCCUGGCCCUUCCCACUCCACCAUGGGGGAACCUAAACGAACCGCGCCGCACACGUAGACACGCCUCCCUUUCUCAGGCCCCACCCCACCUGCAUAAUUCAUAAGGAUGUGGGUGUGGUCUCCGACCAACAGGGGUGACUUUAUAUCUAUCCCUCAUAUCCUUGAUUAAACCAUCUAUUCCCCGGAAAAAGGAUGUUUUUAAAGCACAAAAAUGUGUCUUGUUGCCAUCUUUAUGUUAAAAUGAUGUUAAAAUGAAGAUUUUUAAAGGCCUUAUAGCACUCAAGAGGAAACUAAGACUUCUAAUCCUAUUUUUCUCCAUCUAAAUUUCUUUUUUCCUUUAUCAUUCAUCUGUGUCCCUUUAUCCUUUAUUUAGUUUCAAUAAUAAGUCUUUGCACUUAUUUUCUCUCCAGUAACACGUGAGGCUGUGGAGGUGAAGUGUUGGAUAGAUCAGGCAGGGAUAUGUACGUGUCGAGGGUUGCUGAAUGUUGAAUCGAUGGAAGUAAGUUGUAAAGAACUGGAAAUAUGAAGGUUUUUGUAGGUUUAAAGUGAAUUUACUGUCACUUUGAUUCAUCCUAGUGAAUCAUAUAAACAAGAUUGAGGUGAUGAACACAAACAAGAAUGGAAUACGGCAAGUGAAAUAGAUGGUCGCAUCUCCACAGCCUCAUUUUAGGGGUUUGACUUGAGUCAUUCAGCAGUUCCUGUCAGUUCCUCUAUGUAGUUGGUCAGUCCGUCCUGCAUUAUAGAUAGCUAAAGCCUUAUAGACAUUUAGCAGAACAUCUUUUUGCAUCAUUACAGGUGCAGGUGGAAGGUCUAAGCAAGCGUUUGCGUCGCUCAGCAUGCUGGUGUAAGCUCCUUUUAUUUCUUUGCACUGAAUUGGUUUUUGGGAAGUUUUGUCACAAAAGAGCAGAUCUGGAUUGCUCAGGAUAUAUUUGGGUUUGUACAGGCACUUGUUCUGCUACAUGUAACCUGGUGUGUUAUUUGAAAAUUAUUCAGGGACUGUGUAUUUAAGGGAAAUUAGUGAUUUUUUCAUAUGUACACUGAAACCUAAAGACAAGGGAUUUUGAUUCUUUUGAUCAUUUUUGCUCCCGGUUUCCAUCUUCAACAGAGUAGUUCUCAUUCUACCCCUUAAAUAUAAAGCAUACAAAUUGUAUUUCUAGUGAAUACAGAAACCUUUCUGAAGAAGCCCUAAAGAUGUCAACCACUGUAUUACGUGGUCUUGACACUUUGACCCCAGAAUGAAUUCCUUAGUGACACCAUCUUCACUUAUUUCCCUACUUUCCUCAUUUUAUGCACUUUUCAUUUUUAA